UCUCUUUGUCAUGCAAUGGCGACUCAAUGAUGGUUACCUUUGCACUGGCCUGCCCAGUGCGCAUUUCCCCGUGAAGCCGCCGCGAUGCUGGAUCCAGUGACAGCGCAAGAACGCCAGACUGCUAUGCGUCUGCCACCUCAAAGAAAGAGGUGGGUGACCUGAGACAGUAAGUGAAUGCAGGGCAGCAAACGGGAGCCAGCAAACAGCUGCUACCUAUUCGUAGGAAGCCAUCAGCAAACAGGCGACAUCCCAGUGAUUCACUACUUCGUAUGGAAGACUGAAGCAUCCAGGAUUGACGAAAUGCACUGCCUGGCCAUCUGUCUGCUGCCUUUGUCUUCUCCAACGGGCCGCUCGAAGUGACAGAUGGGGCUCGUUCACGCUGUUCGUUUGCAUGGGAACAGUCACGUGCACCAACCCAGCACCGCCCAAAACGGUGCCAAUUUCAGUGCACUGGGCGCUUGACGGCCAAUUACGUCAGCAGGCAAAAGUUUCUGUCACCUUCUUUCCUAGCACACCCACCACCACCACCACCUCUCUCACACUUGCGCGCAACAUAGCUGCUGCAUCCACCAGCUGCCCGCUCUCGUUGCACCCUCUCUCUCAUCACCACUCUAUCCGGGUCUGCUUCAUCGGUCCCCUUCAGGCACGUGGCACGAGGAACCGCCUUUUGAGCCCGCCGCAUCUUCACCUACGCUCUCUCUGUGUCCGUCGCGCCAUCGCGCCAUCUCGUCGCCCGUCAUGUCUCGUGGCGGCACCACUCUCUACGUGACCGGCUUCAGCCACGGCACCCGCGCUCGCGAUCUCGCAUACGAGUUCGAACGCUACGGUCGUCUCGUUCGUUGCGACAUCCCGGCUCCACGCUCGUCUUCCAGCCGACUCUUCGCUUUCGUCGAGUACGAGGACAAGCGCGACGCUGAUGAUGCGUAUUAUGAGAUGCAUAACAAGCGUCUUGGUCGUGAUGACAUCCUGAAGAUCGAGUGGGCCCGAACUCCUCCCUCUGCUUCCUGGCGUUUCGAGUCUGGUCGCGACCGUGACCGCCGCGGACCUCGCUCGCCCCGCCGUGGCCGCUCCCCGUCUCCUCGUCGCAGCACUCGCGACUACUCCCCCCGCAAGGAGGAUCGCCGCGACCGUGACCGCGACUACGAUCGCGACAGCCGCCGCGACCGCGACCGCUCGCGCAGCCCCGAUCCUCGUGACCGUGACCGCGACGUCAAAGAUGAGCGCGACGAUCGUGACCGAGAUGACCGUGACCGUGAUGACCGCGACCGCCGCGAGAACGGUACCAACGGCGAAGGCCGCGAUCGUGACCGCAAGGGUACGACGUUCUAGAGCCGCGUUCGGCCCGAGCCUUUGCUGAUCGAUUUGACAGGCGACGACAGCCCUCCCCCCGCCGCUCACGACGAGCUUGACGUUGCCGAGUAGAGGGACAGCCGCGUGUCGUGGGCGUCAAGGUGAGGCUGGAUAAACCAAAACAGGGCCAGAGGUCCUGCCUUCUCUUUCGGUUGUUGUGUUUUCAUUGCCUGCCUGCCUGCCUGCUGGCCUGCCUCACCCCAUCUUUCGUGUUGCUCUGAUUUCACCGGUCGGUCAAAGGCGGAUUAUAACGGCGUAGAAGUUUGCGAUACAUCCGGCGCGAGGGACGCGCCGAGGACCACUUUCCCAUUUGUCUUUACUGAGCAGCUCGGAUGGCACGAUUGCGGGAGACGUCUUGCGUUCGGGGUAAUUCGACAGCUGUAUGUACUCUAGGUCUUUGAUUCUCAAUCAAGGAAUUGCCAUGCAAAAGCGAUCGAGUUCGACGAUGCAGGAAAGGUGUGCCUACGGAUGGAUGACUUUCAGCGGAUUGCUCAUGGCAUGCUCAUGGGCUAGACGAUGCGGGAGCAGCGAGACAUGGGCCCUACAAGGUACGAUACCGUAUACAUUCUUAAGUCUAUCACACACUGGCUAUCUAAACUUUGCUGCACAGGACACGCCAUCGUUACACGUAUGCGAGGGUGAUGCCUGCAAACGCGCCUGACCCUUCGUACAGCUUCUUCCGAUUGCCCCCGUCCAUGUCCAGCCGGUAGACGGUGCCGCCCAGAUCGGUGGUGUACAUGUGCCGGUUGGUCGGGUCCAGCUUGAUGCCGAUGGCCUCGUGCAUGUCGCGGGCGAUGACUUGGUAGUCCUUGCCCGGCCGGCUUGGGG